UAACAUAAUGCACUUUAAUCUAAAUUCCCACAAACUCUCUCUCUUACCUCUGUCCAGUCUCCUCUUCCACUCUCCACGUUCCUCUCUCUCUCUCUCUCUCUCAUUUCUUCAUUUCUCUGAGCUUCUUCAGGAGCUGCAACUCAGAGUUUGAGCCAAAUAUGGAAAGCCAUCGGCUUUCAUUCCCAACGUUGCUUCUUGCAUGUCUCAUCUGUUCCUCUACAGCUUUGUUCUUUGCAACUUUUGGUCAGUCAGCCACCACCGCCAAGCUUCACACUCAAGACGUGAAUGUGUUGAAAGUGAUAGGGAAAAAGUUGGGGAAGAAAGACUGGGAUUUUGGAAAAGAUCCAUGUACAGGAGAAGGGAAUUGGACGAUCCCGAUUGGUAGGGGGAAGAAAGUCUUUGACAGUGCUGUCAAAUGUGAUUGCACCUUCAACCACAAUUCCUCUUGCCGCGUCAUCAGAAUAUUUCUAAAGGCCCAGAAUCUUUCAGGGACCGUGCCACCAGAGUUUUCGAAGCUUCCUUACCUCCAAGAAUUGGACUUGAGUCGAAAUGUCCUCAAGGGUACUAUACCUUCCCAAUGGGCUACCAUGCGCUUGCACACGCUGUCUUUUAUGGGAAACAGAUUGUCAGGACCGUUUCCAAAGGUUCUUACCAAUAUCACCACCCUCAGAAACUUGAGCAUUGAAGGAAACCAAUUCUCAGGACCCAUUCCGCGGGAAAUUGGAAAGUUGAUCAAACUAGAAAAGCUCAUUCUGUCUUCAAAUGCCUUCACCGGAGAAUUGCCAUCAACACUGGUAAAGCUGAAGAACUUGUCUGAUAUGAGGAUAAGUGACAAUAAUUUCUCUGGAAAGAUACCUGACUUCAUUGGAAAUUGGACGCGGGUUUCAAAACUGCUUAUCGAGGGUAGCUCUCUUGAGGGGCCUAUACCUUCUACCAUAUCCGCCUUAACAAGUUUAACUCAUCUGAGGAUAACCGACUUAAAAGGAAACAGGUCUCCUUUCCCACCAUUGAGUAAUUUGGAAUCCUUGAAAAUAUUGAUACUGAGGAAUUGCUUGAUACAUGGGAAAAUCCCAGAUUACAUUGGGGAUAUGGAAAACUUGAAAAACUUAGACCUCAGCUACAAUGAGUUGACGGGUGAAAUACCUCCAUCUUUUGUCGGACUGGAAAAAAUUGACAUUAUGUAUUUGACAGGAAACCAGCUCACUGGAACCAUACCGGGAUGGAUCCCGUCAAGUAACAAAAUUGUGGAUAUUUCUUACAACAACUUCACUUGGGAAGGUUCAAGUCCUAAUGAAUGCUCUAGGGGAAGUGUCAACUUAGUGGAGAGCUACUCCUCGUCAGCCGAUAAAUUACAAAUACAACCGUGCAUGAAAAGAAAUUUUCCUUGUCAUGCUCCGAAAGAUCAGCGUAAACAUUCACUGUAUAUUAACUGUGGCGGAAAGGAAGUAAUAAUCGGUGGCAAGAAGUAUGAAGCUGAUAGAGAACCAAAGGGUGCAUCAAUGUAUUACAUGGGUCAGAACUGGGCUUUCAGCAGCACAGGAAACUUCAUGGACAACGAUGCUGAUUCAGAUACCUACAUUGACACCAAUACAUCUGCACUUUCAAAAAAUGUCUCUGCGCUUGAUUCAGAACUGUACACAACAGCGCGGGCAUCUCCCAUCUCGCUCACAUACUAUGGUCUCUGUCUCUUAAAAGGAAACUACACCGUGCGUCUCCACUUUGCUGAAAUUGUUUUUACUAAUGACAGAACAUUUUACAGCCUUGGCAAGCGUGUAUUUGAUGUCUACAUCCAGGAUAAGCUGGUCCUGAAAGAUUUCGAUAUAGCAAGUGAAGCUGGGGAUGCUGGCAAGCCGAUUGUUAAAGCGUUCACUUCAGUUGUUUCGAGUCAUACAUUAAAGAUCCAUUUUUACUGGGCUGGAAAAGGGACAACGGGCAUCCCAGACAGAGGAUUUUAUGGUCCUCUCAUAUCGGCUAUAUCAGUAGAUGCUAAUUUUAAAGUUCCUUCGGUUGAUGGCCACAAGAAUCAUCUCGUUAAAGUAGUUGGGGGAGUGGCCGGAGCACUAGUACUUCUUCUGCUACUGGUCUUAGGCAUCAUGAGGAGAAAGGGCUGGUUGGGAGGAAAGAUCGCUGCAGAUAAAGAAUUCAAAGAUUUAGAUCUUCAAACAGGAUUAUAUACUUUAAGACAGAUAAAGGCUGCAACAAAAAACUUUGAUGCAGCAAACAAACUCGGGGAGGGCGGCUUUGGUGUGGUCUACAAGGGUGAAUUAUCAGACGGCACAGUAAUUGCAGUGAAGCAACUGUCCUCAAAAUCAAAGCAAGGAAACCGUGAAUUUGUGAAUGAAAUCGGCAUGAUUUCUGCCCUGCAACAUCCAAACCUUGUGAAGCUUUAUGGCUGCUGUGUUGAAGGGAACCAGAUGCUGUUAAUUUACGAGUACAUGGAAAAUAACUGUGUGUCACGUGCUCUUUUCGGAAGUGACCCGACUUGCAAACUGGAACUCGACUGGCCUACAAGGAAGAAGAUUUGCAUUGGUAUUGCUAGAGGCUUGGCCUAUCUCCACGAAGAAUCAAGACUAAGAAUCGUGCAUCGUGAUAUCAAGACAAGCAAUGUGUUGCUUGAUAAGGACUUCAAUGCUAAAAUUUCAGAUUUUGGCUUGGCAAAGCUUAAUGAAGACGACAAAACCCACAUCAGCACACGGGUUGCUGGAACUAUUGGCUAUAUGGCUCCCGAGUAUGCAAUGCGUGGUUACUUGACUGACAAGGCAGAUGUUUAUAGCUUUGGAGUUGUUGCACUUGAAAUCGUUAGUGGAAAGAGCAACACAAACUACAGGCCAAAGGAGGAAUUCGUCUACCUUCUUGACUGGGCCUAUGUGCUGCAAGAGAGAGGGAGUCUUUUGGAGUUGGUUGAUCCAGCCUUGGGUUCAGAGUACUCAUCAGAAGAGACCAUGCUGAUGCUGAAUGUUGCUCUCUUGUGCACCAAUGCAUCUCCCACCCUUAGGCCCACAAUGACCCAAGUAGUAAGCAUGCUCGAAGGACGAACAGCGGUUCAAGACCUGCUUUCGGAUCCCGGGUUUUCAGCCAUCAAUUCCAAGUUCAGGGCCAUCAGAAAUCACUUCUGGCAACAUCCAAGUUGUACUCAGAGCAUGUCAACCAACGGUCCAAAAACUGAUACUUCCGGUUCGUACAUUGAAACAGAAGAGAGUCCUGAUCUCUUGAGAGUUGAAUCAUUGACUUCAGUUAAAUCUGAUGAGUAAAACUGUAUCAGAAUGUAAAGGAUUAGUAGUUAAAAGUGUCUAAUUAUAAUUAAAUAUAAGAUGUAAAAUAUGUAUUGACAGUCCAAAUAUAAGGCUGCAUAUUCCAUAUUUUCUGGUGAUUUUACUUCUAA